CAAAAUUUCUGCCGGAUGAAGAUAUUGAUAUCGCGUCGAAGAUUAGAAGUACUACGGGUGCAACAGAAGUACGGCACCAGUCAAGUGUUUUUUCUUGAAAUAAGUUUCAAAAUCCACAUACAACGUGCACGCAAGUCGAGGUUGGUGGUUCUUGCUUUGCUGCCGCUCUUGUUCAUUUUCAGGAUGCAGAAAGAACACACCCCCGGCAGGACAAAAAUUUGAACUUCUACCUGCAUCGAUCGGAACUACAGCUGGCGGAGGCAGAAAAAAGCGGAUGGCACGGCGGUACACCAGCACCUUGAGAAGUCACCAUGACUUUGGACGACGCUCUGGGACGAAAAUUUGAGUUGAGCCGCGCCCCCGUAAAGUCCCCGACACUGCAGUUUUCUACGAAGCUUUCUUACGCAGAAUUAGGAAGCUCGGACGCCACCACCUCCUCCUCCAGUGCUGCCUCGUCUUCCGCAGAAAGCCUUGCUGCUGCUCCACGCCAGCCUGACCACACCGGUGGCCUGUCAUCGGUGUUUCAGACAAGAAAGGCCCUGUCAGAUGAGCCGGCGGAAAUAAAGGAAGACGACGCCGACGGUGGGUUUGUGGAUAUAGUUGAAAAAGAGCAGCAAAAGCAAAUUACGACCGAAGACCUUCCACCGGCCCCAGCAGAGGCGAACGAACAAAAAGUCAAAGAGACGGACCACAACGGCGCGCAGGACGGAGUGGAAGCAUUUCAGCUUUCAAAAAUAAAGGCGGACGAAGUAGCAGUACAACAGAACGGCGAUCAUCCUGGUGAGCCACCUCGUGAUAAUUCCCCCCGGUCCUCGUUUUGGUUUUCUUCUGCGGAAAUAAAAGGAGAGGAACUGCCGGUGCUGGAACAAACGAGCGAAGAUCUGAAACUCGACGCGGAGCCAAGGACGCCACUUGUGCAGCUUCCGGAAGGCGAAACCUCGGAAUCGGAGGCACAGAGGUGUAAUAUUAACUCGCAGAAUCCACUCUUCGUCGCGUCCGCAGCGGCGGACGGGUGCACCGCCGAAGCGCCGUUGCCGGAAGGAAUAAAAGCGGUUGAGCCAGGUACUACGACGGGAAAAAGAAGUAGAGUCCUUGCCACUACGGCCUCGCAGCUCAUAACGUCCAGGGCACUCGUUCUCUCUUCGUCGUCGACUGGGAUCAGAGCAGGGACCAUAUCUCUCAACGCAGAUGCACUAGAGCCUGCCACGCGUCACGGAACUAGCGCGCAAGAUCUCGUCCUCUUAGAGCAGCCAACCAAACAAGAGCAGGCUUGUUCUGUAAGUGGGGAGGAGGAAGAGACCAUGACACUGCGUACGGAGACGCAAGAGGCCUCUGCUGCGGACGAACAGGCUCGUAUCGUACAGAAAAAUGCAUACACAUGGCAAAAAGAUGCAUGAUGCGUGUUCUCUAGUCCUGUGUACUACUGACAUGCACGGUGGCACCACCGUGUCCAAAAGAGCGACCUUUUUCCGCCCAAUACCUAAGGUCUACUAGAAGUAGUUCUGCCAGACGGCAUUUUUGUUUGAGGAUUGUGAUGUGCGAUCAUGACAAAAUGAGGAUAAAAGUGAUUUUUUUUAAUAUGGGAGCAUUUUGCGGUGCGAUAUUUGUCCAACAAGAGGAUGUGUACGAUGAUGACUUCGUCAACGGAGGAGAAGAGGACGAGGAGGAAGCGUUUGAGUUCGAGCCCCCAAAUGCGGAAGGGGACCACGAAAAAGCGGACCAGGAACUUGUAGAGCCUUCAGCGCCUGACGUCGUGCUGCCGGCCACGCAGCAUCAGGACCCCGCCGACCUUUCCGACGUGGCUGACCAGUUUGUGAAGAACUGCCGGACGCAGGUGGAAAAAUCGCAAAAUUUGUCUCCGCGGCACUGCGCCUCCCGGGUGCACGUGCCGAUCCGCACUCGGCUGCUGGACGGUCUGCAGACCGUGGAGCGCAGUACCGCCCGUCCCGGGACCGCCACGGGCUACUUGCUGAAAAGCCGCAACGCAAACCUUCAUCGGACAGCCGCAGUGCGCACCGCAGCGAGCGCGAGUGCCAGCUCUCGCCCACGAACAGCGCCCGGGCUGCUCAGCGUCGCGCACAGAAGAAGGAGUGGGGCGGACGAGGGAAUGCGCACGGCCGUUCCGCUGAUUCACUGGGAGAACUUGUUUCAAGAACGAUACGCCGUUAUAAAUGAAACGGACAAAGAAAACCAACAUCAAAUUGUUUCGCAGGAGUCAACACGGCAAGCUGAAGAUAGUAGCUCUGGUACCCUAAGACGAACAAGAACUGCAGGCCCAGGAAGUACAGCCAUACCGGAUGUAGAUGACACAGCGCAUCCCGGUGCGACGCACCAUCAUGGAGAGUACGUCGGUGCAGUUUUUCCAGCAGAAGACCCGGUCGGCGACGCGCUGCCCGCACGAGGAGAUGACCUUGCCUGUCGACCGACACACCAUUCCCGCUUCCACGCGAUUCGGCAAAAUCAACACUCGUUGCUGCAGUCGUUGGAGAAAGAGCGGAAACAGGGUCACACGGCGCUGCUGUCGAUGCGGCUGCUAGUGGAAGACCGCGAGCGAAACAAGGAGAAGACGGGGUACACGAAGCAGGGGCUCCCAGACCCGGAUGACUUCUAUCAGAAUCAAAAAUUCCCCUUCCCCAUAUCAAAACGAAGUUUCUGAUGCUGGAUUUGCGUACACAAAUCAGAUUUGUCUUGCUGGCGAGGACUGCAGGCCCAUAUCAAGCCUGAGAAGACAGGUUUUGCCCGAGGCGCUUAGCAUGACAGACGUCUCUGCUGCAGGAACAUGAGCAUGACAAACCGCCCGUAGAGUGCGGCGGUUGUCUUUGGGGUUGCCUUCUUGCAAGACAGAGACGAUUUGCGGUUACAAAUCAGCAGCGCAAAUUUCGAAAACGUACCUUGCAAAUAUAGGGAGGGGGGAUUUUUCCUUGUGAUAACUUCACCCUGUCUUCCUUGUUGAAGCGGCGCGCAAACGAGCGGGAGUUGGAGCGGAAGCGGAAACAGAAGCUUGCGACCUCGCUGCAGACGAAAAUCGGGAAAAGAUUUGUCAAUGCGACCAAGGAACAGGAGGAAUUCUUCGCCGGAAAAAUCAAGAUCGCCGACAUGGAUCAACACGACUUACGAAAAAUUCACGACCGUACUACCGAUUCAUAGAUUGGUCAAUUGCUUCGCCUUAGAAAGACGUAUUUUCAAAAAUGUGCUGGCUUCUUUUUUUUUUUCUUGCGUAAUGCGUGUUUUUUUUUCCUUGCGUAUGACGUAAUAAUCAAACCAAAAUUUUAGCACACUCCUCUAUCAUCUCCAGGUAUGCACGAAUCCUGGCAGGGCAACAAGGUCGUAGAAACCAACAUUGACCGAGAGUCAAAUACGGGAUAGAAAAACAUUCAGAUCUCUUCAUUUGAACAAGAUAUUCCCAGACCCUGUGGCACUUGUGUGUGUUACAGACGGCGCAGCUCGAGCUCUCGCCUGGACUUACAAAGAGCGUCUUUUCGAUGUCAGCAGAAGCAGUAUACGAUACCGCAAAUUUGUCUGAUGUAAAAAUAGACUCGGAGUAAACUGAUUUGCCUGAAAUUGUGGGGGCGAAGGCCGCCUUCAUGCUGUUGCUCCUGCAUACGUCUGUGCAAGAAGAGACGGCAACUUUUGAUGACAGUGACUAUUGAUUGAAGAGAUCCAAGAAUUAACCCUAUUUCCUUGCAUAUGAAAGAAGGAGGUGCGGGAGGUGCAAGAUACCGUACGAAAGCAGAGAAACAUCUGGAAAAUGGAAUCCCAGUACGGGUUGCGUAAUGACCAGUCGGACGCGCAGCUCAUGUUUCCGAUCAGUGAAAGGGAAAAGUCUUUCGUCGCAAACAAAAACCGAAAGUGGUUGUCAAAAUCGAAGAAGUCCCUGCGGCAGCUGCAGCGAAAGAUGUUUGACUCCGCGCGGGAGACCGCGAGUUCCAUUGCGGUUGCGGAUACCGCCACGAUGGUGAUGAAACCGGGGGACCAUCACGGUGCCAGUGGGGCGGACAGUAGUAACGCGAACAGCGUGCUCGCAAUGAAGAUGCAGUUUCUGAACGCGCAUGAGACCGAGGGGCAGAGCGCCAAGCGAUAUCGGAAGAAGCGAGGGGACGCGACGGAGGAGCAGAAACAGAUCUUGCGGGCCUUCGUGCAAGAAUUUUUCCACGAAAAGCGAAAAUUGGAGAAAGCGGUGUGAUAGUGUGCCCUUUUAUGGAUCAGAGUAGGUGCAGAUGCAUUCCGAGCUGCAGAAGCUUCAGUCUUCGAGUGGAGGAUUGUUAUACAUGUACCUCUUGGUACGAGCACUUUUCCUUUUGUACUAGUUCAGUUGCGUUCACUUCAUGUGCCUUCCUCGGUCGAACAACUUUUGUACAACCAGUACACUAACACCCCAGCUGCUAUAGCGUGAGCUGCCAUAAUAUCACUAGCAUCGAUUUGAACUUCCACGAAGUAGUAACUCUCCAUCCUCCAUCAACCACAGGGCGCGAAGAUGGAACUAGGGAAGUAGAGCCGUGAAGGUGAGCGAAACGCUACUUGUUGAACAAACUCCGUGAAGAACUUGAAAUUUUGUACCGACGUUGUUUGAAAAUGAAAAAUCUUUUCGUGCCUCCUUCCAUGCUGCCCGACAAGAAUGGUACCGGACUUCUCAGCUGAGUACCGAAGGAAAACUUUCUCCCUGGUAGCAUGAAGAUCUUUGAUCGAACAUCUAGGCUAUUAUCGAUGAGACGGU